UUCUCAUCGUUUCUGAGUUCCAGUCCAAUUUUAAACAUUAACUUUAUUGUUAGCUGUCUGGAUUGGAUUGUUAAACGAUCUGUCUAUAGACAACAUUUUAUUGUGAAAAGUUUUUUUUCGAAAAUUGAAUAAAUUUCAAGUAAAACGAUGCUCACUAUAACGGGAUUACCAUCAAAAUUAAUGUCAUCAAAUCGAAUAAAAUUGAUGUUAUUGGCCACACCGGUUCUUAUUGGCUCCGGUUUAUGUCUUUACUACUAUUAUUAUUACAAUAAUGGUGGAAAAUCAAAGAGAAAGAAAAAAGAUGAAACGAAAGAGGUGGUGAGAGAUCCGAUGAAAAUUAGAUUGAUUGAAGCGGUAGAACUUAAAAAUAAAGGCAAUCAAUUAUUCCGUACGAAAAACUAUGAAGAGGCAUUAAAGAUGUAUACCGAAGCAAUACAAUUGUGUCCACCAGACAAGCGUAAAGAAAUGUCCACUUUCUAUCAGAAUAGGGCUGCCUGUCAUGAACACAUGAAACAAUUCCAGCAAGUGAUCCACGAUUCGACCAAAGCCAUCGAAUAUGAUCGAUACUAUGUUAAAGCCUAUCUUCGUCGCGGUAAAGCAUAUGAAAUAAUGGUCAAUUACGAAGAUGCUUGCUAUGAUUAUUACGUUGCAUCUAAUUUAUCACAGUUUCAGAAUUCCGACUACAUGAAUCUCCUUUCCGAAUGUAUGGAAAAAUAUGCUUACAAACGAGCCGAACAGGUGAUGGCCAAACGUAGCGUCUAUACAUUCCAGAAAUAUCUUUUCAAACAUAUUUUGAAUAAAUUUACUCGAGAUCCAUUGAAACAACUAGGAAAAAAAAUAAUGGGCAAUGAUUAUGAUUCAAUCAUUAGCCAAUUGUUGACUAGUGAUGAUGAUCUAAACGAAGAUGAUUCGUUGCUUAAAGGAACAAUCGAACUGUACAUUGGCAAACAUGACGAUGGCCGGAAACGAUUGAUGAGACUGAUAGAUACAAGCGAUCAUGUUGAUUAUAAAGUGAAUGCAUUACUCAAAUUGGCCGAGCAUUCGCUACAGAAUAAUCAACUUGAAAAAACUGAACAUUAUUUGACAGAUGCAGCCGCUUUGGACAAUGAUAACCCUGAUUUGUACUAUGUUCGAUCGCAGCUUCAUAUUGUUCAACGGAAAUAUGAGGAAUCAACUCAAGAUCUAAAACGUGCCAUCGAAUUGGAUCCAUCGUUUGUCGUUGCCAUUGGACAACGAUUGUACAUAAAAUACCAACAAUGUAUCAUGACUAAUAAUUUUAUUGGAAAAGAACAGAUCAUCCAAGAAUUCAAAUCGCAAAUUCAACGUUUUUCAACCUGUAACGAGCUAUUGUUGCUCUAUUUUCAGAUUUUGCUAAGCGAAAACAAAACUAGCGAUGCAUCAACCAUUGUCCAGCAAGCAUUAGAUAAUGAGUCCGAUGAUCCUACACUUUACGUUUAUCGGUCUCUCAUUUGCAUCGAGGAAAAUUCGUUCGAUAAGGCCAAAGAAAACCUGGACCAAGCAUUGGAAUUGGAUUCCAGAUGUAGUUUUGCCUACGAGAUGCUAUCCGAUUUGUUCACCAAGUUGGAAAACUUUCCCCAAGCUAUCGACUAUCUAGAAAGAGCUAUCAAUAGUUCAACAACAUUCGAAGAUGUGAAAAAUCUCAUCGUCAAACAGAAAGCACUUACUAUGCAGCUCCAAUUUCAAUCUAUACAAGGAUAGCGACCACAUUGACUGUAAAUUUAAAGCCAUGUUUAAAUUUAAAUUUAAAUGUAAUGAUGAUUGUAUAUUGUUAAUAAAUGAUCACCCAUAUAUAUGAUCAACUGAUUAAGAA